GUGUCAAGAUCACCGUCGUUCUAAUUGCACAUAGUUCGGAGUGUCUGUCCAAAUAAAUAAAUAGUUCGGAGUGUCUGUCCAAAGAAAUAAAACAGCAAUCUUACUUUUGAUGUACUUUUUGUUAAUUAUUUGCUUAAUGGCUUAACUUAUCACUCGGAAACUGUUUGAUCUGGUCGCGUGCUGGAGUUCAUAAAAGCCUUUUUCGUUUAACGACUUUUUUUUUGAGUGUGUGCGUGUUUUUUUUUUUUGAUAAUCAACAGUCGGAUUCUAUUGUGUGCUGAUCGGAUCGAAAAACCGAGUUGUUCGGUUUUCGUGUGACUUUUUGCAGCCAUUUAGUGAUCGCCCGAUAGAACAUGAAGCACAUUGUUGGUGCGACGGUGCGAUAAAUGGUGGAAGUGAUCUGUGUUUAGUGUGAAGUUUGUGCUUGAUUUGAUCGAGUCGAGAAGGAUUACUUUUCGUUUUUUUUUAAGAUAAACCGAUUAAGCUGAUAGAAGGCGGACGUGAUAGCAAUAUGAACAAUCCGCAGGCUCAAACGAGUGAUGAACUGGAGACUGUCGAGGCACAGAAUUCCCUGUUCGAUCUACUGUACGACUGUUCGGCCCGGGCGGUGACAACCCGGUUGGGCCAGUUCGUGUACCGUCGGGUGGAUAGCCUUCUGGCAACGACGGAGAAAACCGCUCGCUGGAGCUUAUCGCAACAGACCGCAACACCGAGUGCCGAAGACGAUGAUCCGGGUAAGAUCAACAUUACCGCGCCGCCACUGAUCCGACCGUUGCCCUGGUUACUCUUCCUACCGGCACUGAUCGCACUGAGAUUGAUCCGCAUGUCGUUGUCGUUUCUGGCACUGAUGCUCGGGAAACCUCCGAUCUAUCCGGCGACGGUGGUUUACUUCCUACAGAACAAACGCAGGAAGCUACGGGCUCUCAAAUAUCGAGGCCAACGGUUGAACAGAAUAAGCCGUGCCGAGUCGAAUCCCUCGGAAGCGGUGCGAACGACGUGGCUUAGCAGGGUCACUUUACCCCUCCGGACGGUGGUCUCUGCGAGAACCUCCGAGCCAUCAUCGAAGACGGCAGAUUAUCGCCAACAUCUGAAGCACCAAGUGGCUAAAAAACGGAACGUCGCACAACGCGACGACGGAGACAGCGAAGAUUCGUUCGACGCACACUGCAUGGAACUGCUGGACAAAUAUGCCAGUGCCGCCGGAGAUUCGAGCUUCAAUGCCGAGGAUGCCUCAAGCGAAUCGUCCGAUUCUUCCAUGACGGCAACAGAAAUUUCCAUCAGCGAAGAGGAUACCGCUAUUGAUCCUCCCGCAGCGCCAGCCAGCACCGCUUCCGGGAACGAUUUGAAUGGCCAUGCGAACCCGGUCGAGAAGCCAGCGGUGCCUACCAACACACAACCCGAAGCGGCUGAAAAAACACAGGAGAAAUCCACGCUGAAUGUCAACAACAACAUCAAAGCAGGCGAAACUCCCACAAUCACUAAAGCAACCGAAAGGCCUAAACCGACGACGGUAGAGUCAAUCGCUGAGAAUGGCUCCUUGGAUGUCAGUGCCAAACAGGAAUCACAACACAACAAUAACAACAACAGCAACAAUAACAACAACAAUGCCGCGAUUUUUGCCAAAUCGUCAAACGAUGUCGUUGUGGAAACACCAAAGGUACCCGCAACCACGAUGAGUGAGGUUAAGACCAGCUUCCAGCAGAAGACGAACAAACAGCACUCGCCGCAACUGCAACGCCAGGCUUCGGCAAUCACCGCGAACGGUGGCAGUGGCGCCGGGAGGAAACAGAAGAGACCUAACCAAAACUAUUCCUAAUAUACGAGAGCUCUUUUGAUUAAUCUCUUAAUUAUGCUGCAUAAUACUCUAUUAUAUACUCUCACACACAUGUUUAUACUUGUUUAAUGAAUAUUUAAUUGUGCAAAGCGUGUAACGUUAUUUGAAAAUAUACAUGAUUUUUUUGUGUUUGUUUCCUAGCAUUAGAAUAA